AUGAGUCUUCCCCCAAUAUUGUACCACUACUUCAAGACGCCUCUCCCAUACAUACCCACGCUCGCCCUUCAAGAGGCCCUCCACUUCAUCCAACUCAAACAGCGACGCGCCUCAGAUAAUCAUCAAGAUAUCCUACUCCUCCUCCAGCAUCGCCCCGUUUACACUGGCGGACGUCGACAGCUGGAAUCCGAGCUUGCGGUCGAGCGCGCACGCCUCACCAAUAUUGGUGCCGACUUCCUGCGCACACAGCGCGGUGGGCAGCUCACAUACCAUGGGCCGGGGCAACUCGUUGGGUAUCCGUUGCUGGACCUGGGGCGCACCACACCAGCGAUGGGCAUUCGCGACUACAUUUGCCGCAUGCAGAAGAUGAUCGAGAACCACUUGCAGGAGGCGCAUGGCAUCGCGCAUAUCCCUUCCAAGCACACUGGAGUGUUUCUCAACGCAACUACCAAAGUUGGGAGUAUCGGCGUCCAGGUGCGGCACCGUCUCACCACUCAUGGAUUCGCAUUCAACGUCACGAGCGAGCCAAUCGCGUGGUUCGACGAAAUCGUAGCGUGUGGGCUGGCAGAUGUGAAAGCAGGCUGUAUAGAGCGUGCCGCACGCAAGGCCGUCAAUGUGGAAGACGUAGUACCGGAUGUUGUGAAUGCCUUUGGGCGGCUGUUUGAGCGGGAUAUGGAAAAGUUGGAAGUGGAGAAGGCUGGGGAGGCGGGAGAGCUUAUCGCUGAAAUGGAAGAUGAGGCACGGAAAGCCGGUCAGUGGUCGAAAGCACCCUCGCCUGUGUCAUAA